ACAGCAUGCAGCAGCUGCUGAACAGCCCAGACAUGGCGGAGGAUACAGUGUAAGUGGGGAACGGCGAGAGAGUUACGAUAGUUUYCCUAGCAGUUGAGUCGGUUUAGUGCUUUAUAGAAAAGCAAAUGUGUUAGACAGGUUUUCGUCGGAAUAACGCAAAAAUGGACGAAGUUGCCAGACGUAAGUAAGCUGGGAAAAUGUAUCUCUGUUUAGUGCAGUCAACGGCCGUAGACAACAAAUAUGGCUUCUUGUGCCUUUUCCUAUUUGUUAUAAACAACUGCUCUCCCAUGCUAUUACAUGUCAUGGCUGUAAUGCAAAAUUCAUACAAGUGACAAUUAGGAAGUUAGUUCCUUGUUCGCUUAUCGGGCAGGGGGUCAUUUUGGAGAAAUAAAGCCGAGGAUACGUUAGCUAACCAGUCUGCUAGCUAGUUAGCUAGCUACGGAACUAAAGCGAACGGCAAUGGAGCCAAAGCACAAAGAGUUGUUAGAACAAUUCCACCAAAACUUGCUGGACUCUAUAACAGACGCAGAUCGACUGAUAGAGUUGCUGAUACUCUCCGGUACUCUGAGCCAGCUCGACCGCUUCGAACUGGACCAAAACUGCUCUUCCAGCGCGGAGAAAGUGGACCAGCUUUUGAAGAUGCUUGUGAACAAGGAAAGCGACCAUUUCCUCGAGCUGUGUGUGGCCUUGGAAAAGGCGUACCCUGACCUGUAUUCUGCACUCUUUACUAACGGCGGUGGACCCGUGGACCAUUCCUCYGGCUCUACAUACAGUGUUCUCUCCACCAUGCCCUCAGACUCUGAGAGUAGCAGUUCCCUAAGCAGUGUCGGUUCACCCCCCGGUAACGGCUCAGCCUCGUCCCCGCCCCCGGCCGUCAACGACAACCGGCCAACCGGUGACAACCUGGACACCAUCCUGUUCCAGCUGCGUCAGGUGACCCGUGAGAGGGACGAGCUCCGCAAGCGCCUGGCUCUGGCAUCGCCCGGCACCACCUUCGAUGACUGCAGGCCGAAUUCCAAAGCCAGCCACGACUACGAGCGUCUGAAGAGUCAGUGUAUGCGGGCCAUGGCAGACCUGCAGUCUCUACAGAACCAACACACCAAGACUCUGAAGAGGUGUGAGGAGGCUGUCAAGGAGGCUGACUUCUACCAUAUGCUCCACAGUCGUGUGUUAGGAGAUCAGUCUCAGCUGAAAGAGGAGCUGGAUGUGUUGAGGAGAGACAACACUCAGCUGGUCAGGGAACACAACCACCUGAAGCAGAGCUGUGAGGAGCUCCGCAGGCUGCACAGCGAGGACCAGAAGGAGGUGGCCGACAUGAGGCGGCAGCAGCAAGAGGUGAUGAGAGAGAACGGUUCAUCAGAGGUUCUCAACAAGCUCUAUGACACAGCCAUGGACAAGCUGGAGGGGGUGAGGAAGGAAUACGAUUCGCUGAGUAAACGCUACAGCGAGAAGGUAGCUAAUCACAACACGGACCUGAGCAGACUGGAGCAGGUGGAGGAAGAGAACCGCCGAUUACAGAAACAGAUGGACACGUUGCUGAGACAACGAGAUACGGCUAUACACUACCAACAACAGUGCUCUACGUCCAUGAGGAGGUUUGACUCUGUACAACAGGAGCUGAACAAGUCUUCAGGCCAGAACAAGGAGCUGCAGAGGGAGAUGGAGCGGCUGCAGUCGGAGGUGACACGCUGUAAGAACUUCCAGCUGAAGGCAGUAAAGGACUGCGAGAAGUACAAGGAGGAGAGGGACUCUGUGUUCAACGAGUACAGGCUCAUCAUGAGUGAGAGGGACCAGGUGAUCAAGGAGCUGGACAAGCUGCAGACAGAGCUGGAGGCUGCAGAGGCCCGCCUCAAAAACACCUCGUCUGAAAGGAUGGUGGCCAGCGAGGAGAUGGAGGCUCUCAGACAGGAGCUGAACUCGUCGUUGGUGGACCGGGACAGGGCAAUCUGUGAGAGGAACGAGCUGUUGGAGAAGUACUGCCACGAGGUGAAGGACAAGGCUGAGGCCCAAAAGGAGCUGAGCCAAGCCUGUAAAGACAUUGAGACGGUCCGGGAGGAGAGAGACGUGGCCCGCAAGGAGAGGACAGAGGCCAUCAUACAGAGAGACCAGCUACUGAGAGAAUACUACCAGGCACGACAGAAACAAGACUCAGCCACCCUGGACAUAGAGCGGGCCAACAAGGAGAUUGAGGUGUUGAGGAAGCAGUACGAGGCCAUGUCCCAGGAACUAAAGGAGGCUACGCAGGAGGCCGAGGUGGCCAAGUGUCGACGUGACUGGGCCUUCCAGGAGAGAGACAAGAUAGUGGCAGAGAGAGAGAGCAUACGGACGCUGUGUGACAACCUGCGUAGGGAGCGGGACCGGGCGGUCAGCGAUCUGGCCGACGCCCUGCGUAACCUUGACGACAUGAGGAAGCAGAAGAAUGACGCAUCACGGGAACUGAAGGAACUCAAAGAGAAGAUGGAGAGCCAGCUGGACAAGGAGGCCAGGUUUUGUCAGCUGAUGGCCCACAGCUCCCAUGACUCCGCCAUCGACACAGACUCUCUGGAGUGGGAGACGGAGGUUGUGGAGUUUGAGAAGGACAGGGAUGACAUGGAUUUAAAGGCACUUGGGUUUGACAUAGCAGAGGGGGUAAACGAUCCAUAUUUACCAGGAGAUUGUGGAAUAUUUGUGACAAGAGUGGACAAAGGAAGUAUUGCAGAUGGAAGGUUAAGAGUGAAUGAUUGGUUGCUGAAGAUAAAUGACAUGGACCUGACCAACAAGGACAGGAAGCAGGUGGUAAAGGCAGUGCUUAACAGAGGCGGGCUGAUCAACAUGGUGGUUCGCAGGAGGAAGUCCCUGGGAGGAAGGCUGGUCACCCCUGUACACAUCAACCUGAUCGGACACAAAGACAGUGGUAUAGGUCUGGAGAAUGGUGUGUUUGUGACAGCCCUCGUCCAGGGGAGUCCUGCUUCCAGAGAGGGAUCUCUGACUGUUGGAGACAGACUUAUCGCUAUCAACGGCAUCGCUCUGGACAACAAGUCGGUGACGGAGUGUGAGACACUGCUGAGGAACUGCAGGGACUCUCUCAGCCUCUCUCUCAUGAAGUUCUUCCCUCACAGUUCGUCAGGCCAGAACAUCUUCGACAGCCUGCGCGAGUCAUCGUCCAACAGCCGUCUCUCCGAGGUCCACUCCAGGAACAGUCGUAACCUCAAACACAACAGCUCCACACAGACAGACAUCUUCUGCCCUGACACAGGUGGUAGUGGGGGAGGUGGUAGUGUCAAUGUCCAAGGAGAGAGGAGGAAGAGCAGGGGUGGGGAGGCCGAAGAGGGGAUGGGCACGUACGGGGACGUCAGGAAGCCCUUCUCCACGGGGUCUCUCCACGCCACCAUCCUCCGGCCGGCCUCUGACCUCGGUCUGGGUCCCCCGGGCCGCUACGGCCCCAGCGCCUUCCAGGAGUGCUGCUCUGGGUCCCCCUACGCCAAGCCCCCUCCACCCCCCAUGACCUAUGACCCCUCUAACCCCCCCGACUGCAUCACCGUGGAGACCACCCUGGAGAAGAAACACAGCGGCGGUACCUGGCCGAAGAUGAUCGUAGGCGGGAUGUCUGUCGCCGUGGAUACGACCACAGCGACGACUCCGACCCAGCUGUCCAUCUUCAAGUCACCCAAACAGAGGAAGUCCAUCUUCGACACGGACGCCUUCAAACCACGGCCUGAGACUGCUCCCCCAUCUUCCAAGAUAGAGUACCUGUUGCCCUGUCAGCUGGUGGCCCACUCCCCGCAGCCCUCCAAGACGGAGUCUCUCUCCUCCUCCUCUACGGCCACACCCACCCCUCCUCCGCCGCCUACCCGCAGCGAUUCGUUCAAAUUCAAACACAAACAGCAGAGCAAUUCCGCCUCCGACUGCACGCUCACCUCCGACGGGAACGGCGGUAAGGGGGAGGCUGUUUCCAUGGUUACCGGGGAGGGCCACAGGGAACGAGAGAGGGAACGAGAAAGGGAGAGGGAACGAGACAGAAAUGGGAACCACUACUUCCUGGAUGGGAAAGUGCUGACAUCGAGGAAGUCAUGUGAUGAGGACAUCGGACGCACCAGGGGGGAGGAGCCUGAGGUGAAGAGGCCCCGCCCUAAAUCAGCACCAGCUCUCCGACGCAGGAUGACCCCUCAGUCCAUCACUCUGCCCUCCUUCCAGAGCUACUCCAAUGACGAUCACUCCCCAGAGCCCAAAGAGAUGCUUCGCUCCUCUCCCAACCGCUCUCACAGACACAGUGUGGGCUUCGUCUCCACCGUCUACAACAGUACCCUGCCUGCAAACUCGGCCCAUCGUGGCCUGGCCCCGUGUCCAGCGGUGACCGCAGUGAUGAGGAACCCAGUCUACACAGUCCGCAGCCACAGAGUCCACACCAACAACUGUCCCUCUGUCUCCUCCCAGAUCUGCCAACACCAGCACAACAACCAACAGCCCAGUCCGCAGCACCAGGGGCGUCUGAGCCUGGACCUGAGCCAAAAACGUCCAGCAGCAGACUACUCCGAGUCCUCGUCACGCAGCAGCCGCACCUCCCAUGGUACCAACUCACUACCCUCCAGUGCUCGCCUGGGCCUUGAUUCUUCCAGUAAUGUCCAGUACCGGAACGAGAGGAUAAAGAUCCCCUCCACUCCCCGCUACCCUCGAUCUAUGCUGGGCUCUGACAGAGGCUCCCUGUCACAUUCAGAGUGCAGCAGCCCCAGCCUCAUCACUCCCCCCCAAUCACCUCUGAACCUGGAGACUUCCUCCUUCGCCAGCAGCCAAUCACAGAGCUCCAUAUCCACCCUGCCCAGAAUCUCCGUCAGCCCUGUGCCAAUUGGAGAGCGGAAAGAGAGGAAAGACCGGUCUCUGCACCGUAACAGGUCUUUUCUGAGGAUCCCUCUGGCUGCUAGGCCGAGGUUCUCCUCUCUCAGGAGCCUCAGGCCGUACCUGGAGGAACCUCGUAAUGUGAUCGUUCACAAAGGGGCGGAGCCUCUUGGCAUCUCUAUCGUCAGCGGCGAGAACGGCGGUAUCUUCGUCUCCAAGGUAACCGGAGGCAGCAUCGCCCAUCAGGCCGGGCUGGAGUACGGCGACCAGCUCCUCGAGUAUAAUGGUAUUAACUUGCGUAAUGCCACAGAGCAGCAAGCCAGGCUGAUAAUUGGUCAGCAGUGUGACACCAUCACCAUCAUGGCUCAGUACAACCCCCACAUGUACCAGCUUGGACACCACUCACGCUCCAGUUCUCGUCUGGAGCCGAUGAGCAGCCAGUCAACUCCCCAUGGCAGUGGAGCCACCACCCCUGACAACCACUCUACUAUAGACACUCUGAGUGAACAAGACGAAGGAACACUCACCCCCUCCUCCAAACAGACCACCCCUACAACUAGUCCUCAUAGUUUCAUCAGGAUGUUGUCAGAGGGUAGUCGUAAGGUGUGUGAACCACGGGUGGUGACGGUGCGCAGAGCCCAGGGGGCGGAACUGGGGCUGGGGCUGUGUGGAGGGAACCUCCGCGGGGUCUAUGUAGAGAGUCUGGAAGAGGACAGCCCUGCUAGGGGAACAGAGGGGCUGCAGCCUGGGGACCUCAUACUGGAGUAUGGGUCAGUAAACAUGAAGAACAAGACAGUGGAGGAGGUGUAUGUAGAGAUGCUGAAGCCAGCGGAGACGGUCACUCUCAAAGUCCAACAACGACAGGACGACUUCAACAUUGUCAAAGACACACCGGGUGACGGCUUCUAUAUCAGAGCACUUUAUGAGCGGAUAGUGGAGGCAGAGCUGGACCUGAGUUUUAAGAAGGAUGACAUCCUGUAUGUGGAUGAUACUCUACCAAAGGGCUGCUUUGGCACCUGGAUUGCCUGGCAGCUGGAUGAGAAUGCACAGCAGAUCCAGAGAGGACAGAUACCUAGCAAAUACAUGAUGGACCAGGAGUUCUACCGUAGACACAGUAUGACAGAGCUGAAAGACGACAAGGACAGUAAGAGCCUCUCUGCCGCCGCCAGGCGAUCCUUCUUCAGGAGGAAGCACAAACACAAACGCAGCAGCUCCAAAGAUGGCAAGGAGCUGGUGGCUCUGGACGCCAUUAGCACAGACUCCAUACCAUUCCUAGAGGACUGUGUGAGCCUGGCGUACCAGCGGGUCCAGAAGGUAGAGUGUGCGUCUCCCAGGCCGGUUCUGAUCCUCGGUCCUCUCUCAGACCCCGUCAAGGACAUGCUGGUCAAAGAGUCCCCCGGGAAGUUCUGCAGAUGUGUCCUGGAGGUGAUGAAGGCGUCCCAGCAGGCUAUAGAGCGCGGCGUCAAAGACUGCCUCUUCAUCGACUACAAACGCAGGAGCGGCCAUUUUGACGUGACCACCGUGGCCUCCAUCAAGGAGAUAACAGAGAAGGACUGUCACUGUCUGCUAGACAUUGCGCCCCAUGCCAUCGAGAGGCUGCACAGCGUUCACAUUUACCCAAUCGUCAUCUUCAUCCGCUACAAAAACUCCAAGCAGAUAAAGGAACAGAAGGAUCCAGUGUAUCUGCGGGACAAGGUCUCUCAAAAACAUUCCAAGGAGCAGUUUGAGGUUGCACAGAAGAUAGAGCAGGAGUAUAGCAAAUUCUUUACAGGUAUUGUCCAGGGCGGCACUCUUCCCUACAUUUGCACUCAGAUCAUGACAAUAGUUGAUCAGGAACAGAGUAAGGUCCUGUGGACUCCCCUUGGCUGCUCCUAGAGGGUGGAGGUCACCACGGCACCCUGCGUCACUGCACCUCAUCUCCACUCACAACAAACACUAAAAAACCUUCCACACUAUACCAAUAGGUACACUACAGUGAGCUAUUACACAUGUAAACUAGUGCUAUUUUUGUUAUAUAGUUUUAUUAUGAUGUUGAUUCGUACCUUAACCGGAGCCUCUUAUUAUUCUGUGUAUUCUGGAGCAGGUUGGUAGCACUGACAGUUGAUGUUAAAGUUAAUUCGGUCUUCCUUAAGGGUUUUAUGGUUGUGUUUUUGUAAUGUUGCGUUGUAUGCAUCUGUUUACAGUAAAAAAAAGAGUCUUGAGUAUUGGUGUUAAAUGUUCUGCUUGAAUGUGCAUUACACCCCCCCCCCCCCAGAUGAAGUAAAAAACCCUGACCCAGAAUCGGCCCCAAACAAACCUGUGUACCAAAUGACAUCAACCUGUUUUACACACCACGUUCAAUGACUGACAACUAAUAAUGUGGAAUAAUAAUGUAUGUGUGUGUGUGUGUGUGUGUGUGAGAGUUUGUGUGUAUGAGUGAUAGUUAUAUUAUUGAUAAACUAAUGACUUUGUUGGUUGGAUUGAAUCAUGGAUUUUGAUGUUUUGAAGUUGACGCCAUAGAAACGAAACCUGUAGAACAGAUAUAACGCUCUCCAAGCGACAUUUGUCUUAUCGGUAAAAAUAUAUAUAAUCCGAAAAUCGAUUUUGGAUCGGUCAAAUCAAUCAAUUCUUGCUUCAGACCAAACUUUUAUGUGCACCAUGUGUGCAACAAUGUAUCAAUCAAUUUUAUUGUGUUUCUAUAACAAAGAAAAAGCCAUGAAAAUCAGACAUGGCAGUAGCGAAUGGUGUCUGUUCUACUCGUUAUGUUUCUAUGGUCACUGUAUGUGAGUGGACAGUUUACAGGCCUAUCGGAAGUGCCUUCUGUCAGAGACUUGGUCCAAAAACAGACCCCCAGCCCUUACCUAUUCAGAUCUAAUGGAACAGGAUAAGUAGAAGCAAUAUGGAGGUAGAACCUCCCCACUGCCCAUUGGAAGGCUAGGUGGCGCCAUCACCAUGUUGCUUACACCUAUCUGGUACCUUCAGAUCUGUAAACACCAUAGUGUUAACACUAAAUCUGCAAACACCGUAGUGUUAACACUAUAGAUCCACUUACAAUGUUAAGUGUUAACACUAAAGAUCUGCAAAUAAACACUAUAGAUCUGCAAGGCUCGGGCUUGUUUUGGGGCGAGGCAGUACAGAGCAUAUGACAAUGGUGAGGUUGUGAGGGCGACCACCUCAGAAUGCACUCCAGGGCUAGACAGACCACUGUGUCUCUAUCACAUGCUAUCUCUUGGUCACAUAUUUAAAGAAGCUAUAGAAUAUAACAAAUAUGUGUGUAGGAGUGUACAUACAAACUCACAGGCACUUGAGUACCUGUAUGUACAGUAUGCAGAUGCAUCUGAAAUCUUAUAUUAGAUGUAUUUUGACUAGGUCUCAGGCCUAGGGAAGUUCAACAGUUAAGUCAUGUCUUAGCAUGUUUUUUAACGGUUUUAUUUUCGUCUUGUUUUGUGGUUUGUUGUCAGUCACUUUUUAAAUGUACUCACAAACCAGAAAGACACCAUGGAGCACAUGUGCAGGGCAAAAUCUUAAAGAAAAAACWUUUUUUUUCUUCCUUAAAUCCAUUGAAAUGUUAGGUUAUUUUUGUUUGUUUUUUCAUUAUUUAAUUUCUUUAUUUUUUUAUCCAAGAGGCACAAAAAUAUUGCUGUUGUCCCUCAUUCUUCUGUCAUCCUUGAACCCCAUUCUCCUGUAUCCUAAUGUUGUGCCAAAAUCCAGUACGUCAGUUGUAUCUUUUUAUUUCUGUUUUGCACUUGUUAUUCUGUGGACCUUAAAACAAAUAGCUGUUUCCCAGUAGACUUUAUAAAUAAAUAGGUACUAUAUUAUAAUUUUUACUGUAACUAAUUCACAUUUUAAAUGUAUCACGUCAGUUCCUUACAUUUCAUUGAUGGCCUUUUUAUUCUUUAAUCUUGAUUAGAAAACAACUGACAGAUUGCUCCUCCUUAGUUGCAUUCUCGAUGAAAAAGGGAUUUCUUGCACAGUUUUUCAAAUUAAACUCGGACAUGAAGUUUGACUAUUGGGCUAUAUGAUUAGGCAUAGUAAGUAAAAUUGUAAUGUAACCCAUUUUCUGAGUAGAUAGAGAUGGUUUAAAAUUAGAAGAGGGAUGCCACGUAACAUGGUUGUAUUUUUAGGAGGAACUACUAGCUGCCAGGUACUAUUCUGAUUGCGGUUUUCUUUAUUAAAAAGAAUGAUUUGUAUCAAAUGUUGAGACAUUAACAUGAGAAUAAAAGUCUUUUUCUGUAUCACGACGACAUGG